UUCUCUGGAAUUGGAGUCUCCCCUAACCAUGGCCGUUCUGUUUGUGACUCUGGUGGCGCUGCUCGCGUCAUCUCAGGCGAAAUAUUUUCACCAACCACUCACGAAAGAAGCGAUUGACUACAUCAACACGUACGCAACUUGGAGAGCAGAUCCACUUUACGCUGGCUACGAUGCUGAGCACUUCAAGCGUUUGUGCGGCGUCCCGUUAGAUGACCAGAUCCAACCAAAGCCAAGAAAGCUGGGGAUUUUGGCAGCGAAUACAGAAUAUGAAGUAGUGGAGAAUGAGAUACCAUCCUCGUUUGACUCCAGGGAACAGUGGUCCAACUGUGCAUCAACAAAGGAAAUCCGUGACCAAGGUUCUUGUGGAAGUUGCUGGGCAUUUGGAGCUGUUGAGGCUAUGACAGACAGAAUCUGUAUAAUGUCUAAUGGAAAACUGACACCUCAUAUUUCUGCUGAAGACUUACUUUCCUGCUGUGGAUCUUGUGGAAUGGGAUGCAAUGGAGGAUUUCCCGAAUCUGCAUGGAGAUACUGGGUAGAAAGCGGUUUAGUUACAGGAGGACAGUACAACUCCCACAAAGGAUGUCAGCCAUACUUGGUGAAAGCCUGUGACCACCAUGUUGUGGGAAAACUGCAACCUUGUAGCAAAACAAUUGUUCCUACACCUAGAUGCGAAAAGAAAUGCGAACCAGGUUAUAAUGUUAGUUAUGAAGAUGAUAAGAGGUAUGGAAAGAGCAGUUAUUAUGUGGGCAGUUCAGUGGAACAGAUUCAAAAAGAAAUCAUGACAAAUGGCCCUGUAGAGGGAGCUUUCACAGUUUAUUCUGACUUUCCUUCUUACAAGAGUGGUGUUUAUCAACACACAACAGGUGUACAUCUUGGUGGCCAUGCCAUUAAGAUCCUAGGCUGGGGUACAGAGAAUGACACACCUUAUUGGCUUGUGGCCAAUUCCUGGAACACAGACUGGGGAGACAAAGGAUAUUUUAAGAUUCUUCGAGGCAAGGAUGAAUGCGGUAUCGAGUCUGCUGUUGUGGCUGGCAUGCCAAAAGUGGCAGAAGAAGCCCAGAAAGAUGAUGUGCUUCUUUAAACUACAACCUCAGUUGUCUAAAUGAUGAUAAAAUAAUUGAUUUUGUAGUUAGUAUUGUCUUAAAUAAAAAGUUAUCAUUUUACAGCAA